GCUGUGCCCCGCUGCGGAGGAAGCCCCCCGCCCGAGCCUGACAGCGGGGAAAUCCCUUCCUGCCCCGACAUAUAGCAGCAGUCUGAGCCCGCGCGCAGGGGCAAGACCCCCCGGCCAGGCCGCCCGCAGCUCAGCCGGGCACGGCCCCCUGCUCCGGGCUGCUGCUCCCUGGGGUGACGCGGCGGCUCGUGCCCCCCAGGGCACCCCGCAAGGAUGAGGAGCCUGCUCUUGGCAUCUCUGCUGCUGGCCGUGUCGCCCACCUGGGCCGCGCCGCAGGACGGUGCCCACAGGCCUGAGCCUGGUGCCGCGGAGAAGCUGGAGCCGGUGGGCAACCCCCUGCACCCGGGGCAAGCGGAGCUGCAGCUGCUGCAGAGCUACCUGAGGAGCCUCCAGCCAGUGGGCCGGGACCCCAGCAGCAUGACUCGGGAGCAAGUGCUGCUGUACCUCUUUGCGCUGCACGACUAUGACAAGAGCGGGCGGCUGGACGGGCUGGAGUUCCUGCGGCUGCUGAGCGAGGAGCAGGCCUGGCAGGCCCAGGGGCGCCCUGCCCCGGACGCGCAGGUGAUCAUGGUGGUGGACACGAUCCUGGAGAUGCAGGACCUAGACGGGGACGGGCUGCUGGACCCCUCGGAGCUGCUCCGGCUGCCCCUCAAGGGCCAGAGCCUCGUCCCUGCCCCUGCCCAGCUGGGUGCCCCCGAGGGAGGGCAGGAUGUGGAGCCACAGAUCCCUGAGGAGCCGGAGGAGCCUCUUGAGACAGCUGGCAAAGCCCCUGAGAUGGGCACGGAGCCCCCCGAGGCUGCGGGGGCCUGGCAGGAGCAGGCAGGGGCUGCAGACCCCUUCCGGCAGGAGGAGGAUGGCACGCGGGAGGCUCCGGGGACGCCCGAGGACAAGGCUGGACCGCCCCACGGGCAGGAGAACAAUGACGAGAUCUAGGCCCCGCUCUGGACUCGGCCGGGAGGGGUCCGGGCCCAGGAGCGUCCCUGUGGCUCGGAGCUGCCCCCGCCCUGCCCUGCCCUGCCCUGCCCCCCAGCGCUGCAGGAAACCGAGGAAGGCAUCGGGGCUGCGCGGAUCCCCACAUCUGCACUCAGGGAAGAGCCAGGGUGCAGGUGCCCCCUCACCGGAGGGGGUGCAGCUGCCCCCAGGUAGGGGACACCGGGCCAUGUGCAAUCCCCCAUGUAACCCCUGUUUGGACCAGACAA